CUCAUUUUCUACCUCGCAAUUUUCCCCUUCCAUGACGAUGCCUCGGGCGCGAACAUCUGAUCUAGUCGCGCGUUUAGGUUAGGUUAGGUUAAGUGCCUCUCGUAAACCUGCGAAAACCUCUUCCCUUUUUGUCCCUUCUUUACGGCGUCUCGCUUAGGGUGUCUAGGAUUUGGGUGUUUGGCGUUUUAGGGUUGCUCAGUCUGAAACUCCGAAAACGUGUCCGAUCUGCGACUUUCCUGCCGGCAUGCGCCGCUCCGUAUAACUUAAUUAUACACAAAGUUGUAAAGAGUUACGUAAAUACGUCAAUUAUCAUUAUGUUGAAAUCACGUGAUGAUUAGAAACCUACUUUUACGUGAUACCGUUAAAGACGUAGGUCUUCACUAUCGUAUCGUCAGAUCGUAUACACGCGGACAUUCCGUUCAUAAAAAACACGUAACAACCGGCAAAUCGGAGGUCCCUCCAGAUUCGAUCGUGCGUACAAUUUCUAACAGCGGACACGAUCUCACGACGUUCAGCAGAAGUGACAUCGCCAGGAACGACAUGGACGGAUCGUCGUUCAAGUUCACGGAUUACGAUUGCAUCGGUUUCGACCUGGACAACACCCUACUGCGCUACAACGUGACGAACUUGGUGCACAUGGAGUACGAGAUACUGGCCAGAUUCCUGGUGGACAAGCGCGGUUACAGCGGAAAGCGUUUGCUGGCGCCGUUGACAGACGAUGACCUGGACUUUUUGCAGAAGGGAUUGCUACUGGACCUGGAGCGGGGAAACGUGCUCAGGGUGAGCCCGGACGGCGUCAUUCGCCGUGCGUGCCACGGCUCGCGUCUGUUGAACGUGGAACAGAUAAGGGAGAUAUAUCCUGAGCAGAGAUGGGAGGCGACGGAUGCUUUUUGUCGCGACUCACUGGAGACCUGGAACGGUCCUCUGUCCGAGAAAGUCAGGGGCCUGUUGGAUUACUUCGACAUAGUGACGAGCAUCGCGUUCGCGCGGGUCGUAGACACGCUCGACGAGGAGCAUGGAUCCCCCUUGGACAAGUACGAUAGCUGGAUUGACAUAAAGGAUGGACUGGUUUACAUGUUUAUUAAAGAGCAUUUCGACACGGGCGAGGGAAUUUUCGGCUAUAUCAAGAAAAAUCCGGAGAAGUAUUUGCGCAAAUGCAGCACGGACACAAUUUCGUGGUUGAGAGAAGUGAAAAAGAAAGCCGUGACCUUCCUUAUUACCGGAUCGCACGUGAAUUUCGCGAAUUUCACUGCGAGCUACGCUCUCGGGGAGGACUGGCGGUCCCUUUUCGAUAUCGUGGUGUGUUACGCGAGAAAACCAGGCUUUUUUAGCAGUAAUCGAUCAUUUUUCGACAUUGAAAACAACAAUGAAACGAAUGUCGCGAGCCGGGAAUUGAAACGGGGUGAGAUAUACAGUCAGGGAAACUGGAAUGAUCUAUUAAAAUUUUUCGCACGUAUAACGGGAAAAACUAAUCAGCGAUGUGUAUACAUUGGUGAUAAUCUUAUACAAGACAUUUACGCGCCGAGUGCAUUCACACGUUGCGAUACGGUAGCCGUAAUCGAGGAACUAACGUCGGAAGGGAUGCUCCAUCACGCUUCGACUCAUCCGGAUGAGAAGAUACUGAAUUCGAAGCUUUGGGGGUCUUACUUUUGCUUAAAAGAUUCGACAAUCAACGAAGAUUCUCUUUGGGGAAAUAUGAUAAAGAAAUAUGCAAAGCUGUGCAUACCAGAUAUCAGUUUGAUAACGCAGAGACCAUUACAUGAGCCUAUCCCUUGUUUCGACAAGGAUGGAAAGUUAUAUCGCGGAUAUCAUCCUGCUGUACCACUUAGUAUAUCAGCCAUGUGAUGGGUGGGAAAAUCAGGAUUAUACGGAUUAUCCCAGCUAUCAAGGAACAGUUAAAGCGCCUGAGGCGACCUUCAAGGGAAAUGAUAGAUAGGAAACAGACUUUCAGAACAAAACGUAUCCAGAAAAAA